AUGGUCUUCAAACCAUUCACCCACCUCGCGCGCCAGUCUUUCACCAAAGCCUUCACCCACGGCUAUGCGCAGUCGGUAGUCGCCGCGUCGCAGACCUACGCGUCCACCACUCCUUUCAACCCCCUCGCCGUUCAACCCGCCAAAUUCUCUCGCACAACCCAAUUACAGAAUGCAUUCUCCAAUGCCUCCAGCUCGUCCGGCGCUGGCGCCAAGGCAAGCCAGGGUGGCUCAGGAAGCGGUGAUUUCGGUCUAGCGGCCUAUUAUGCCGCAUGGCAGAACGCGCAGCAGACCGGUGAUGAAAGCGAUUGGACCCAAUACGAGUUCAAUCGUCGCAUCGGUUGGAAACCUUCCGACGAGGCCGAUGUCUCUGAAGACCGCGCCGCGACCGAAUCCGUUCCCCCGCAUCCUACCAAGGCCGCUGUUAACGACGAUGUGAGCGCCCAGGUGGAGGAGGCUGUGGCUCGCGAGAUCCAGAUCCAAGAGGAACAAGCACAGGCAGAGGAGGCCGCGCUCAGCGCUGAACCUGCCGAGGAGGUUGCGGAAGUCUCCGAGGCGGCGCAGGUCGCUUCCGAUGGCAUCGUGCGAUUGGUUGGAGACAAGAAGUAUGCAGACAUUCCCGCUGCAUUUGAGGCUCUGCUUCGCGACGGCUUAACCCCGACCGUUGAAGCAUACAAUGCCCUUCUUGUUGCCGCUAUCCGCCUGCACCCCGAUGCUGCUCAGGCAAUUCCUAAGGCCCUCGAUGUCUACUCUGAUAUGCUUCGUCGCAGGGUAAUUCCCGAUGAAGAUACCUAUGAGACAUUGGUUCAGUUGCUUGUUAUGCGCGCCCACGAUAUCAUCAAGGCCAAGCAGGUUCUCGAGAACGAGCGCGUUCGUUUCGGUGGCAUGGAGGAGCAAGGCAAAUUCAUGCUUCAGUCCAGUGAAUUGGAGCAUGCCAUUCUUCUCGAGGAUACUUCUUUGUCCAUUGCCCUCAAGCUCUUCAACACUGCUGCCUCGCGACACAGCCGACUCGUUUUCCCAAUAGAGAUUUAUCGUCAGCUCAUUAUCGCCUGCGCCAAGGAAGGCAAGGUCGAGGAUAUGAUUCGCGUUUAUGCUCACAUGGAAUCCCACAAGAUGACUCCCCAUGCCACUAUCUUCCCUGCCAUGAUUACUGCAUUCGCCUCCGGUGGCGAUCUUCGCAGUGCGGUCGAGUGCUACAAUGAGUACCGCAGUCUUGCUGUCUCCGAUGACAGCGGUGUCUUCAGCAUCGUUGAGCGUCAGGAUGGCCAGGUCUAUGCUGCUUUGAUCCGUGCUUACCUGUCUUGCGACAAGGAAGCUGGUGCCAUGCAAUUCCUUGAGAAGAUUCGCUCCUCCUUCGACGAGGUGACUGAUGGUCGCCAGGACCGGUGGUCUGCCGUGGAGAGCAUCAUUAUCGAGGAUGCGUUUGUGCAACAUUCCACCGACACCUUCAAAUAUGGAAAGGCCCUGGAACAGGCGAAAGAUCAAUUGCAUGAUGUGGCGCGUGAUCAGGCCAUCUCCCGAAUUUGCAUCGCUGCCGCUGAUGCAGACGAUCUCCCCACUGCCUCUGCAGCAUAUGACAGUCUGCCCACCGCCCCUGACGUACGACAGAACCCGGCCAUCUCCCUUCUGGCGCUCCAAGUCCGCCGGGGCAAUGUUUCGGCGGCCCGUUCCUUGUGGAUCAUGUUGAACACAGUGGGUCAGGCAACCCCGGAUAUGGUUCAGCCGACAGCCAUGUAUGCAGUCGCACUGCUCAAGAGUGGAAAUGUUGAGGAGGGUCUUCACCAAGCCCGUAACAUGUUCACGCGCAUUCGCAACGCAUCAUCGGAACAGCAGAACAUCGUCGCCGUCCGCGAACAAAUCGUCGAGUCACUUCACCUCUUUGGUCGUGUCCUCAUGCAGUCGGCCGCUGUUCUAUCACCCCAAGCUUCCAUGACACUCCUCUGGUCUAUGCUUGAGAACGGCGGUCUGGUAUCCCCUCUCGCUGAGCACGCUAUCGCCAACCUUGGUCCCAUCGGCAUCUCCCAGCUCAAGCCUGCUGACCUUACCCUUGCUCUCCAAGUGCAAGCUGGUAUGUUGGCUAGCCACAGCUCCAUGCUGUUCGAUGUUGCUCACCCUAUUCGUUUCGCCCACAUGUUGGAUGUUGCUUUGUCUGCUUCUAUUCCCAUGGAUCUCUACACCACUGGCCUUGUUGACCAGGCUAUUGGCCGUCUCUAUGUCAGCAACCCUGAUGUCGUCAAGAAGUGGCAAGAAUACUUGGGCGCAAACACUCCGAACUCAGCGUCGCCUGCUCGUGUGUUCUCUGAGAGUCACAGCCCUAUUUCCAUGGCUGAGACCUCGAUCACUGCCCCCGUCACCCCCGAGUCGUUUGAUCCCUACGCCCAUGCCACUGACUUCCGUGGAUCUGCCAUCAUCGCCGAGGAGCUCGAGAAGACUAGUGGACGCGUCGAGAUUCAUCUCAACGAGGCUUUGACUCGUCUCAACAACAUGCGUCGUACUGGUCGUCACCCGCGUUACAUCACCUACGCCAAGUUGAUCACUGCUGCCUCCAAGACUGGCAGCAUGCCUCUGGCUCAUGAUAUUCACAACAUGGCGCGUUCCGACGUUCCUCUAGACAUGAAAUUCACAGCUGUCAAGUACGGCUGGGUUUCCAUCCUCGAUGCCAUGGUCGCCGCUUGUUUGACUCUCGGUGACCGCCAGCUGGCUGCUCAGUACCACCAGGAGCUUCUCACUCUCGGUUCCGCACCCUCUGCCAACACUUUCGGACUGUACAUCACCACACUGAAGGAGUCAACCAAGACUUUCGAUGAGGCCACUGAGGCCCUCAAGGUCUUCCACCGUGCCGUCGCUGAAGGUGUUGAGCCAACCUCGUUCCUGUACAACGCUCUCAUUGGAAAGCUUGGCAAGGCUCGUCGCAUUGACGACUGUCUUGCAUACUUCGCUGAGAUGCGUGCCAAUAACGUGCGCCCAACAAGCGUCACCUACGGAACGAUCGUCAAUGCGCUGUGCCGUGUCAGCGACGAGCGCUUUGCCGAGGAGAUGUUCGAAGAAAUGGAGUCUAUGCCCAACUACAAGCCACGCCCUGCGCCUUACAACUCUAUGAUUCAGUACUUCCUUAACACCAAGGGUGACAUCAACAAGGUUCUGGCUUACUACGAGCGCAUGCAGGCCCGCAACAUCCAGCCCACUAUGCACACCUACAAGCUUCUAAUUGACGCUCAUGCCUCUCUCGAGCCAGUUAACAUGGUUGCCGCUGAAGCCGUUCUGGAAUCCAUGAAGGCCGCCGGUCAACAUCCCGAUGCUGUUCACUACGCCUCCCUGGUCCAUGCCAAGGGAUGCGUGCAACACGAUCUCGCCGGUGCCCGCAAGGUCUUCGACACCGUUCUGUCCAACCGCCGCGUCCGCCUCCAGCCAUGCCUUUACCAAGCCCUCUUCGAGUCAAUGGUCGCCAACCACCGCGUUGCCGACACUGAACCGAUCGUGCAAGACAUGCUCACCCGCAAGGUCGAGAUGACUGCAUACAUCGCGAACACCUUGAUCCACGGCUGGGCCGCUGAAGGCAACGUUUCCAAGGCCAAGGCCGUUUACGACAGCAUUGGCAUCCAGAAGCGCGAACCCAGUACCUACGAGGCGAUGACCCGUGCUUUCCUGAGCGCUGAUCAACGCAUGAGCGCAACCGGCAUUGUCCAGGAGAUGAUGUCCCGGGGCUACCCAUCCGCCGUGGCUGGCAAGAUCGUUGAUCUCGUCGGUCCUUCUUCUUCCCUUUAA